UCACAUCAUAACAAACCAAGUUCAUUAAAUAGCCAAAAUGGACGGCGAUGAGCUGAAAGCAGAGAUUGAUGGGGGUCCUUGCGCCCUUCCUGAAGAUAAAAUGAAGGAAUUAGAGAGAGAAGCUAUCAUUAGAGCGAGAGAGGAACGUCUUAGGAGUAUUCUGAGCCCAAUAGAAGGCCUUGUGAUGAACAUUCAGAGCCUUUUGGUGUGGGAAAAUGCGCAACCGAGUGCCGUGUUGUUCGUGUGUGUGAACAUCGUAUUCUGGCUUGCUGUAACAACCAACCAGCGGGUUGUCUUCAUAUCUACUAUGAUCUGCUUCAUAGUGAUGUGCAUUGAGACCUUCCGUUUCAGGGUGUGGCCUAAAAUGCAAGUCAAUCCAAAGAGUUCUGAUGAAGAAGAUUGGACACCUCUACAUCUACGCCUGCUGAGCGUACCGGAGCUGUGUGAUCAUGUGGCCAGGGCGUGGCAGGUCGCUGAUGAAUGGUACAAUGCAUUCUGGGAUCUCAGGAGACACGAACCCGCAAAAUUCUGUACAUUCACCUGUCUGCUGUGUUUGACUACGGCUACCAUCGGCUUCUACAUACCUGGAGUACUCAUCUCAUAUACCAUCUUGAUAUGUUUGCUUCUGUGGCCGGCCUACCUAUACCACGACGUCUCCGGUAAAAUCUACACCAAGCUUCAUCCUUUCCUGCGCCAGUUUGAACAGAGCAUGGACAGCUUGGAGCGUAAAGAGAAACGUCAAAAACGUCGCAGGAGAUCCUCUCGCAACCCAGACGGGGAUGAGGAAAGCAGCUCAGACAGCGAACUCAAUGAAUUCUACCCCACGCCUGGUCCUGCAGUCGAUGCAGCGUUAUCUCACGCAUCACGUGUGAUCGGGGCCACCCCUUCCUCCAGCUGCCUUGGAACCCCUACCUAUGGCUUUGUUGGAGGUCUUAUACCAAGGGGAGGCUCUGUAGAGUUUACAGAUGAUGAGCUAAACACAGACAAUGAAUCCACUAACCUAUUAGUAGGGUUGAAUGAAAUGCCGUCAUUUCAAGAUCGGGCUCUGGACCCAAGUGGAGAUGAGCUUGAUUCAAGAUCAGCCGGUAACGUUAUAGAUGGCAACACAGGUAAUCCUGCACGAUUAAGACCUCCAUCAGAUCUAUUCGGUAUGUCCACAGACGAUGACUUUGGUGACCAUGAAUUAGACACUCCUGAAUCUCCUCUAGAUGACCUUCUGCAGCCUCGUGUCCAGGAAAGGCAACCGCUGACCUCCUAUUUAGCAGCUGAAGUGAUCGGUCAGUCCUUGCCACCGGCCGCUGCUCAACUCCUCUCGCAAACCGUCGCAGCUGUCAUGUCAGAAGCUGUUACCUCAUUAGCCGGGCUAAGCGAUCCCACCGCUGCCACCAGUGAGAAACAAUUGGUCAAACAGAAACAUCCCACGCUGCCCGUGAAAUCCGUUCAGUUGACAGGUCCAACAAACUCUGAUGCAAUACCAAGUGGUCUUACCCCGUCCCCGCAGUCGGACGAGGAGCUGGCUGAGUUCGAAUUGCUGGACAGCUCCGAGCUGGACAAUGUCAGUAGUCCGACGACGGAAGAAGAGAAGUCACCAUCCACUGAGAGCAGUCCUGGAGCCAUCAACGCUGGCAUCACCUACCUGUCUUCCUUAUUCUCCAGGAGAAAAUAGGACUGUAUCAAUUCAAUUUGUAUAAGAAUCAUCAUAUCAUGCAAGGAAAUGUAGCAUGAAUUAAUCAACCAAGAGAAAAUAUCAUGUGAUCAACUGUGUUACUUACAUUGUAUUAGAAUCAUCAUGUCCUGCUAGGGAAAUUGAAUGGUUUGAAAAUAAUGAGAAGGAGAGAAUUCACAUGAUGUUAGAAUCAUGUUAUUGUGGAAAAGAAUGUGGGAUGAUUGGAUUCACCAGAAGAAAAUUCAAUGCGAUUGACUGUAUUAGUCCACAUCAUACUAAAAUCUUUACAUCAUGCAGAGGAAAAGGUCAUUCACCUAGAGGAAAGAGGAUGUGGCUGAUGAAAUCACACGAUUAGAAUCCUUGUAACUUGAUCUUGAAUUUGUCCAAUUACAAGUGGAAAAGCGGUGUUGUUUUGAACCCACUUUUUUCCUAUUUCCUACCUUUCCUAAAGUAAUCACACAAUAUGCAUAUACAUUUAUACUAGCCUAUUUUCGGUCCUGCUAGAUGGGGAAAGGUCUCAGUAUAUGCAGGGAGGGUAAAAAGAAAAAAGGUUUAGAUCGUUAGAUACGGUUUCAUUUUGGUAAAGCACACGUUUUUCAUAGACCCUAGCCUAAGAUAUCUCGGUCACCAUUGUCAACGGAUAAACGAGGAAGUGAAUUGAAGGGAACACUGUCUUGGCUAUUGUUUACAUUACAGUUGUAUUUCUGUGCUGUUAUAUGGCAUAUGCAUGUUAUGUUGAUAAACAAGUGGAAUGUGAUAGAGGGAGAGUGGGUCAAGUUAAUUUGAUAAUCUUCUCUGAUUGAGAUAAGGCCAGUAUGCUAAAGAAAGCCUCUCUUUGAAAUCGUGAUUGCAUUCAAAGGUAAAUUGUAACUUAUAUAGAUGACACAAAAUUGUGCAUUUUUUGUAAAGAUAUAUGUCAGCACAAAUCAAAAUUCAAUGGGUGCAAUUUAAAAACAAAUAAAAUAUAGAAAUUUAAAUAUUGGCGAUUCUUUAUACUCGUCAGCAUUUUAAGUAUAAAUAAUCUUAAAUUUUAAAUUUAAAAUGUUUUACCGAUCAUGACUAUUUAAAAGAAUGUAUAUUUGUUGAUAUUUUAAUAUUCAGGGAAUAGAUAACUCUUAAUAUAUUAGCCCACUUUGUGAGCGAGCAGAUUAGAGAAUCAAUGAAUUUAAAGGUUAAACUAAAAGUAUUUUUGCUUGAAGGAUUUCUUGAUAAAUUGCAGUAAAGUGGAUUUGGUAUAAUGUGCUUCAGUGUUUAUUUAUUACUUUAUUAUGUACACAGAGAAAGUGGGCCUUAUGUUUUUGAUAUGUACAGAUGUGAACUUGUAAAGGUCAAGGAUAAGAAAUCUAAGUUAUUUCAGGUAACAAAAAAUCGGCUUUGCUAUCUAAAUCUCAGACGACAUAUAAUGUGUAUGACUAUGAAAUAAACACCACUACACGUAGAAGAUGAAAUUAUCAUUUUGUAUACUCUUGAGAACUUUGGUUUUAGACAAGGCGGUCAUUUAUAUGAUCAUAACUACAUAAACUCCAAUGACAAUAUCUUGAUUGACAAAAAAAGCUGUUGUUAUUAAUAUCAUUUCACCAUGAAGUUUCAUCAUGAUUCAUGAUGCUGUUAAAUUAACUGUAAUUUGAAAUGUUUGCUUUUAUAGCCCUCAGUUAAUGAUUAUCCUGCUGUAACAAGGUGACAUAAGAUUGAGAUUGAAUACCAAUUUGAUGUAAAUGUAGAGAAAUAUGAAACGUACAUGUCUAUGUUGAAGUUUGUUUUUACUUAUUGUGUAGAAAAUGCUGCAUUUUUAUUUUUGAACCAUCGAGUGCUUUGUUCUUAUACCUGUAUUGUAUGUAGAUGAUAGAAUUCACACUAAUGAUUUUAACCAUACAUAUUCACUAUUUAAAAGUGAUUUUUAGAAAGUAGAAAGAAUGAACUUGUGUUUUACCUCUGAUAAAAUAGUCUAUUUUUUUUCUCGAUAUUUCAUACUUGGAUACAAAUGUAUUUCUUAUCAUUCUCUUUAAAAUAGAUCUUGUUUUUCCCCUUAGUAAACAUACCGUAAUCAUUUUACUUGAACGCAGGGAUGUUUUUCUCUCAAUUUUAACAAACAAUUUGACUACUUUCAUGACCCAUGUCGAAUUGUGAAGUGGUACUUUGAAUUACUGUAUGCCAUAUACUUCUAUUGCAAAGCACAGCCAACUUGUAAUUUGGUAAAGCAAAUUAAGUCCUUAUUAUUUCUUUGAGCAGUUUUGUUAAAUAUGUUGGAUGUUGUUUGAAUUAGGUUUAAAGAGGUUUUUGCUUUAUUUUAAGAUUAUAAAUUGUUCAUAUUAUUUAUAUUUUAAUUUAGAUUAUAUUGAUAUUGUAUAUUAAUUUUUAUUUUCUGAAACAAUAUAUUUUUACCUCAUCCAAGUCUAUUAGUUUACAUGUAGCUUAUAUUUCAUGAUUUGUAAUAGCAGAAAAUACUACCAAUACAUAUAUUUGUAUGUAUUACAUGGGUUGAUUUUAGAAUGUGUAUAUUAGAUUUGCUGUGUGACACUAUUGUAACUUCUGGUAGAGGUUUUGUUAACAUUUUAUCCCACCAAGAAGCCAAAACUUUUAAUACAGAUAUUUAACUUCCCCCAAAAUCAAAUGAGUUCAACUUAGUCUAUUCAUCUAACUGGUAUGUAUUUCUGUAAUACUGAAGUCCAUUUUAGCAUCCUUAAUGAUCCAUAAAGUGUUUCACUGAAAAAAAUUACUAAUAAACAAGCUGUUUGGUAUUAAAUCGGACCACUAAUCGGAUCAAUAAAGGUUAGACAGAAUAAAACAUUAAUUGUUAAUUAAAUUGCAAUUUACUAAGCUCAGGGAUAAACCAUUCAUAGAGUAUAAUAUACGAAGACUGUGAAAUUGGUGCAUCAACUUCUAAAAUCGUCAUGCUUAUUUUAAUCAGAUUGGUGCAUUAGGUGUCUCCCUGCUAUAUGUGUGUGUAUUUGUGAUUGUCGCUUGUAUUUUGCCUUGUUGCGUACAAACAAAUGAUUUCAAUCGCCGCUUUCACUGCAUGUAGUUAGUUUAAUAGAGGGUAGAUUGUCUUUUUCUUUAUCUGACUUUUAUUUACGUUAUAAUCAAGCAAUCUAAACAGACAUGGUUAUAUCAGUAUCUCAAAAUGGAAAUAAAUUGGUUUGUGUGAGAUAUGUAUUGUACUAUUAAUACAGUGUAUUGCAUGAGCAGAGUAAUGAAUAAAGGGUGCAUGAUGCACAAAAUAAUAACAAAAUCUUA